CACAAUUACCUGCUAACUCCCUAAGGAACACUACUCUAAGAUGCAUUUCUCCUUCCUGACGGCGCUCCUGAUGGCGGCAAUGGUGGCGGCGGCUCCUGAGGCCCAAUACGGCUAUCAGGCCCCUAAGUGCCAGCCUGAAAUCCAGUACGUGACCCGGACGGAGACCGUGCCCGAGUACGUAACCACAACCCAGUACCAGACUCAGACGCAGUACCAGACUCAGUACCAGCCGCGCUACGUCACCCAAACGCAGCAGGUGCCACAGUACGUCACCCGAACGCAGACGGUGCCCGAGUACAUCACCCAGACGGUGCCUCAGUACGUCACCAGGACGCAGUACCAGAAGCAGUACGUCACCGUCACCAAGCCAUGCCAGAGCUCGGGAGGUUACGGUGGAUAUCACGGCUGACGUCUCCCGAGGAAUGUCCGUGAUGUUUAAGGCUCGGAACCGGCUUUCAUGAUUUCUUAAAUAAACUGUCUUUAAAUA